CCCCCCCCCCGCCCCUUCCCGAAGCUGGGACUUCAGAGCGUGACAGCGAGCAUCCGGAGUUGGGUACCGACCCCAGCGAGAGAAACCCAGCCCCAGCUCAGCGGCGGACACAGCAGCGGAAAUGUCCUCCCUCUGUGGGCCCCCUUAGAGCCACAUCUGACAGGCCAGGAUCGUCUUCCUCACCGCCCGCCAUAGACCCCAGCCUGAGGGUGGCCCAGGGGGGGUUAUUUGGCAGGACACGAUGACCUGCUUUUCAUCCUGUGCUCUGCUGGUGCUACUCCUGCAGGGAUCUCUCUCUGCCCUCCACCCCUGCCCUCCACAGUGUGUCUGUGAGACUCGCCCAUGGUUCACCCCACAGUCUGUCUAUCACGAGGCCCGCACGGUGGACUGCAAUGACCUGUUGCUGACCCGAGUGCCGGGCAAUCUCUCCUCGGACACUCAGGUUCUUCUGCUGCAGAGCAAUAAGAUUUCCAGGGUCAGCGGGGAGCUCCAGCACUUGUCCAACUUGACCGAACUUGACCUCUCCCAAAACCACUUCUCUAGAAUCAGCGAUGCUGGGCUGGCUAACCUCUCGCACCUCAUUACGCUUUACUUAGAGGAGAACCAGGUGGAGGAACUGCCUGAUCACUGCUUGGGUGACCUGGUGUCCCUGGAGGAGCUUUACAUCAACCACAACCGCAUCUCCUCCAUUGAGCCCUUGGCAUUUGCCGGCUUGACCAGCCUGCUCCGACUGCACCUCAAUGCCAACCGUCUCCGUGCCAUUGACCACCGCUGGUUCCUCUCUCUCCCCAACCUGGAGAUCCUGAUGAUUGGAGAGAACCCCAUCUCCCAGUUAGAAGGCGGCAGCUUCCAGCCACUAGGGCGGCUUCACAGCCUUGUCUUGGCUGGGAUGGAGCUCAGCGAGGUCCCCUCUGAUGCGUUCCAAGGCCUGGACUACCUGGAGAGUGUGUCCUUUUAUGACAACCAUCUUCCCCAUGUCCCCACCAGGGCGCUGAAGAGUCUGCCUCUCUUGAAAUUUCUGGACCUCAACAAGAAUCCCAUCACAGAAUUACAGGCAGGGGACUUCAAGGAUAUGCUGCACUUGGAAGAAUUGAGCCUCAAUGGCAUGAGGGACCUGACAGGCAUCCACAAAGGUGCUUUUGAGAACCUUCCAGAGCUAGCCAAGCUUGAGCUGUGCAACAAUCCGCGUCUCUCCUACUUGCACCCAGAAGCCUUCCAAGGGUUGCCGGCUCUUCGCACGCUGCUAGCUAGCAACGCAGCCCUCAGUCUCCUCCCACUAGGCCUGACAGGCACCUUGCCAGCUUUGGCUGAGCUCAGCCUCUACGGAAACCCAUUACGCUGUGACUGCCCAGAGGCCUGGGAACCAUUAGCGAGGGGACAUAUCCAGCUGAUCGAGUCCCAAACCACUCUCUGCACCUUACCCUCAGCAGCUGCAGGGCAACAGCUCCAAGAAGCACUGAAAAGCAGCAUGGGGGGGACUUGCUUGCCAGAAAUCUCCUCCAAGGAUCUGCCAGAGCGGCUGGAGAUCUCAUCGGGCUCGACAAUAUCUCUGGAUUGCCAGGCAAGCUCAGAACCACCACCCCAAUUCCACUGGAUCACACCACUGGGGGGCAAAGUGACCACAGGGACAGGGAGGCUGCAUCUGAGGGCAGGGGGAACCCUAGAGAUUGGCUCAGCCAACCCAACAGACUCAGGAAUCUAUACUUGUGUGGCAUGGAACGGACUAGGAUCCACCAGCAGAAGUGUGGCUGUUGCCGUGAUUGGAGAAAGACCCAUCACCCCUGCCAGGCUGCUGGUCCUUGCUAAGAAAGUACAGUCCCAUUUUGUGGUGGUGGAGUGGACAACGUCCUUCAUAGAGGGGCCGGGAAACGAGAGGGGUGAUGAGUCAGCCACUCCCCAUCCACCUUCUCCGUCACUGUGGUCAUCAGCCACCAUGCGCAUCCACAACCCUCACCUGAGCUACACCGCCCGGGUUCCCAUAGGUAUCCGGGAGUUCAACCUCACACACCUGCAGCCUGCCACCCGUUACGAGAUCUGCCUUACUGUCAUGUCCUCCAUGCCCAAAUCCUUAGAGGCUGCUGGUGGUGACUCUGGUGUGUCCCCAUCCUUAGCCACCUCCACAAGCUCUUCAGCAUCUUCUGCGACUCCUUCAGAAACGGCCUUAGCAACCACAGGGGCGUCUGUGUCUCCUCUGGAUUCCUUGGCAACUUCCAAAGGCUCUUUAACAUCUCCCAGGGGCCACUUAGCCACCGUGGUUUCCUUAGCGACCUCCAAAGGCUCUUCUGCGCCCCCUACAGGUCCCUCGGCAACCUCCACCUUCCCUCCACCCCUCCGGCCGCUGCCCCGCACGCAGCGCUCCUGCCUCAACGUCACCACCAAGGAGGCCUCACUCUCUGUGGAGCUGGUGGGCGGGUGGGCAGGAGGGGCAGCAUUGGCUGCUGUUACCGGCUCGCUGCUGGCGGCUCUGAGCGCUGUGCUCCUGCUUCUCUGUGCCUCACGGCGACUCAAGGAGAAAGGGUGCCGCCAUUCCCUCAAGAAGUACAUGCAGCAUGCCGCUGCCAUUCCGCUCAAUGAGGUCUACCCUCCCCUGAUCAGCUUGUGGGAUGCUGAGGGAGACCCGCCCAUGCCAAUGGCCCCACUGGCCCAAUUAGCUCCACCCACACUGACUCCUCCACCUCCUGCCCCUGCAGGGCACACGCUCCUGCUACCGCCCCCUCCUGGCCAGAUUGACACUUCCAAGACCUAUCUAUGGCAGCAGCCAUGAAUUAGAUGCAAGGAGGGCAAACACACCUCUUAAUUGUGUGUGUGGGGGGGGGAACCUCCCUUCCCCACGGAUUUUAGGGUAUAGGAGUGGGGCUUCCAGACCUUCCCGACUCAUGUCCUUGCCUCUCCCCUUGCACACACAUGCGCACCCACAUGCACCACCAUCUAGAGAGCACCAGGAUCCUGGAUGUGGUUGUUUUUUUGCCAAGGUCUCACUGUGUAGUUGUAGCCAAAAAGGGAGAGGAGUAUCAGGUGGAUGACAGGGCCCCUGGGACAGUGUAGCCCCUGGGGGGCAGGAAAAAAAGAGUUCUGAAUAAAGUUGUUGAGACAAAGA